AUGAGCCUGUGCUCGAACAUCAAAUUCCACGGAUACCUAAUCGUGGUGUUUUCCACCCUGCUCACUGUCACGGUGCUGAUCAGUUCUAUAGCGCUUAAAGUGAUCUACUCCAACCAGCAGGAUGCCAACAUUCCCAAUGAUCUGCGGGACCUAAUUGAAUACGGGUGGUACGAUUUCGUCGGUGACAUCGUACAUUUGAUCGCGAUCGGAGUGCUCUUCUACGGUAUCAAGAAGGAAAAUCGCUUUUGCCUCAUCCCAUUCCUGGUGUCGAUCGUGUUCGACUGGAUAGUGUACCUAAUCGCGAAUACACGCCGCGGUGCCUCACUUCCAUACCAGGUGUGGCUGAUCACGACAGCGCUAUUCCUGUACGUUUUCGUGACACUUAUCGGGCUUUACAAAUGCUUCCAGCUGAAGCCCAAGGAGGGUGCAUCCAACAGAUCGGACGAGUUCAAUAAAACGAUGUGUUUGUGA